GCAAGUGUUAAGAUAUUGAAAGUAGAGUGUACAUUGUUAAAGGAAAGAUGGAUGUUUUAUAUUUAGGAUUUGAAAACUUGAAAACAAUUUUAGUGGCUUUUAUUACCUUGAUAAUAUUCUAUCUACUUACAAGACGUGAACAAGGUGUACCACCUGGACCAAACCGAUGGCCUGUUGUUGGAAAUCUGGUAUCUCUAAUUGGCAGAGAUACUCUGAAUAUACUAGCAAAUUUACGAAUGAAAUAUGGGGAUAUCUAUGGUAUAUAUUUUGGAUCAGAACUAACGAUAUUUAUCAACGGCUACGAUAUGAUUCAUGAAGCUUUGGUCAAGCGUGGAACAGUUUUCUCUAAACGUCCGAAAAAUCAGCAGCGAGGGCCCGACCAUGUUGCAAUUGUAUUUGGAAAUGGCGCAUCUUGGAAGGAACUUAGAAAAUUUACCUUGCAUGCCUUUCGGGAUCUUUGUUUUAGAAAAACUGGAUAUACAUUGGAGGCAAGAAUAACUGAAGAACUGGCCCAUUUAACUGAGAAAUUAAUGAAUUUUAACAACAAAAACGUAGAAAUAUCGCAUAUUGUUACUUUAAGUUUCGCAAAUGUAAUAUACAGCAUUUUACACGGACGACGCGCAGGAUAUGAUGAUGCAAAAUUUAAAUGGUAUCUUGAAAAACUUGAUGAAGCAUUUAAGGUUCAUGUCAGAACACAAGUAUUGAAUGCUUGCUUCCCGUUUCUUCACUAUCUACCAGGAGACUUACUCCAUGAAAAAGUCAAAGAUACAGUUGUAAAAGAAAAUAUGGAAUACUUUGACGACAUAUGUCGCAUGAACUAUGAAAACUAUAAACCAGGUGACGAUAAUUGUUUCAUUGACUUUUGGAUCGCAGCCAAGGAAAACAAUGAAAUAUUUCGAAAAGAAAACUUAUGGGUAAUAUUACACGAUUUAAUGGCUGCUGGAAGUGAAACAACAGCAACUACACUGAAGUGGGUCAUAAUAGCUCUUGCGAAAUAUCCUUAUAUCCAGAAAAAGCUGCAGAGAAAAGUAGAUAAAGUUAUUGACAAAGGCAAGUCGCCCUCUAUAUCAGACAAAAUGAAUCUACCUUACGUUGAGGCGACAAUCUUAGAAGCUCUUCGAUUUGGUAGCGCUGUACCCCUUUCUGUACCACACGCCGUGCUACAUGAUACCAUUUUCAAAGGUUACAAAAUACCCAAAGAAGCUACAAUUUUACCAAACAUUUUCUCUGUACACUUUGAUCCCGAUAUUUUUCCAGAACCAGAUGCUUUCAGACCUGAAAGAUUCCUUGAUGAGGCAGAGGCCUCAAUCAUUCGGUCUGAAAAACUAAUUCCCUUUUCACUUGGGCCUAGGUCGUGCCUUGGUGAAACUCUUGCGCGUAUGGAGCUGUUCUUGUAUGUUACUACGCUUGUGCAAAAACUAGAAUUUCGAGCUCCAGAUGACGUUGAAUUACCGUCGUUAAAGGGAGUUUUUGGACUGACUCGAAGACCACAAGAUUUUAAAGUGAAAAUUCAUAUCAGAUAAAGUGCAUGAAGUAAAUAUUAUCAAGACGAUUUUUUAAAACUAUAAACGUUGUCAAAAUUGUUGUGACUUUUGAUACUUUCAAUGAACUAAAUAUAGAAAAAAAAAGCAUUUACUAAAUCAUUCAGUUGAUUGGUAUAUAUUGGUUAGAACUUUAGGAAUACUUUUACUAAUUAUGUCUACGACACUAUUCUCUGAUUGUCCCACCAUGUCUCGAACUCACUUAUCUCAAAAGUUCGGUUAUCUCGAAGACAUUUUCGAGUCCCAUCCCGGAAAUACGUGCACAGCAUUCAUUUAAAGCAGAAUUUUGGCUGUCUCGAAGCAAAACGCUCGAUCCCUUGGAAUUCGCGAAACCAAGUUUCAACUGUAUUUCAGUUUAAUAUACUUGCUUUAAAAGGACUAAACUAAUAUAUGAGCCGCGCCAUGAGAAAACCAAAAUAGUGGGUUUGCGACCAGCAUGGAUUCAGACCAGCCUGCGCGGAUCCAUGCUGUUUAACAGUUUCUCUAAUUCCGAUAGGCUUUGAAAGCGAACAGCAUGGAUCCUGACCAGACUGCGCGGAUGCGCAGGCUGGUCUGGAUCCAUGCUGGUUGCAAACCCACUAUGUUGAUUUUCCCAUGGCACAGCUCAUAUUACUUCGAUGCAAGUAGUCAUCUUUAUUUUAUCUCUGCAUGACUAAUGUAUGAUGCUUAUAUCAACCUUGUCUUGAUCAUGAUACAUAUCAGUAAAACACUAGUUUAAAUAAAGGUACAUGAUAAUUGAUACUGGUAUUUUUUCCUUAAACUGAUGUAACUUAUAUUCCAAGCAAAUAUCUAUUUGCAAACUUAUAUUUCAAGCAAGUACCUAUUUACAAAGCAGAUAUAGUUUUCAAGUCAUCAUCUUUCGUGUCAGUUCACUAAACAUUUUAAUGAAAAAUGUUCAUCUGGUGACAUUAAUUACCAUAUCUAUAAAUUUGUCACUUGAAUGAAAACAGCAGUUUGGUAAGACGGCUUGUCAUUAUAAAGAUACAACAUUUUAAAGAAACAACGGGUAGCGAGAUGAAAAUACAGAACCUUAACGAGGACUUUAAAUCGUUCACCUGUCAACGUUUUCGUAACUGUGUUAUCAGAACAUGUGUCGACCUGGGUCAAUAAUCAUGAUAUGUAACAUGGAAUACCUGUUCACAUACAUGUAUACUAAAUAGAACCAACACGAUAGGCUACUGUCUGUAUAAAUUGUUUAAAUAAUCCAAACUACUUGAAAUUUUAAAGAGAUCGCUAUAACUGUGUUUAAGACGAAGUAGAGUUUGAACAACUCGGACGGUCUAUAUUUUAAGGGGAUUAUCUCAACAUAUUUUGAUUGUAUUUGUGAGGUUAGAAAAAACAGCGACAAAAAUUGGCCUAUUAUUUAACUUUGCAGGGAGGUGAUGUACAUUUGGCAUUUCCUGUUCGUCUGUCUGUCAGAGAAAAUUUGUGUUACAAAUAUCGUCUAAAGUAUUAAAUAAGCGUCAU